GAGCCACAUCUGCGACCUACACCGCAGCUCAAGGCCACGCCGGAUCCUUAACCCACUGAGCGAGGCCAGAGAUCGAACCUGCAUCCUCAUAGGUACUAGUUAGAUUCAUUAUGGCUGAGCUACGAUAGGAACUCUCAGGAAUGGUCUUUAGAGUAUGUGGUGGGCUGGGGGUCGGGGGACCCCAUAUUCUUCCUCAGAGCCUUGGUUUCUCUGUCUGUAGCAUUAAGGUCCACUUAGAGCUGUUUUGAGGCUUUGGUGAGCAAAUGGGGCAUGGACCCCACACCUAUAGGGCUCAGCCUUUGGGGAGUUCCAGACUCUGCAAACGUUAUCCUCUGAUGCUCGGAACAGCGGUACCAGGCAUUUGAUGUACCAGCCCUGUCUUUUAUCCAGGAAGCUGCGGGUCUUGGGCCGCCUUGUAGCUUUGGGUCCUUGGGCACAUCCCAUAGCCUCUCUCAGCCUCAGUUCCCUCAUCCUUCAAGUGGAAAGGUUGUGUUUCAAGUGUGGGGGUUCCCUCCUGCUCCCCCACCUCCCCCUGGGCCCGUGUCAUGGCCUCGUGUACGGGCUCCCUUUGUAUAUGCCCCGUGGCAUUUUAUUCAUUCUUUCAUCCUCGCAUGGACGUUUGUGGAGCGCUUCCUGGGUGCCGUGUUGGGCCCGGGCUUGAUAGAGUGAAUGAGAUGGGGCUCCCCAUCCUUGUCCUCGAUGAGGUCCUGGUGGAACAGGUGUCUGGUGAUGCGGGCUGGGAGGGAGCCUGGGAGCCGGGGGACUGCCUCUGCCCGGACGUGGCUCGGGGGAGAGGGGCCUGUUGACCUUGCUGUCUUUCCCACUACGGCUUCCACCUGACUGUGGCUUCUGGCUGUGAGUUCCCGGCUCCCAGCAGAAGCUCCUCAGAGAAUGGUUGGAGUGAAUGAGGGAGCGGCGGAGUGAAUGGCUGGCAUCUAAGCCUCUAUCCCUGCCCCUCCCCGGCUCCAAGCCAGGGAGCAGAGGCCCAGCCAAGCCCUCCCCUUGGUCAUCCCAGGUGGGCCAGGGCAGCCUCACUUGAAUCCUCUUUUGUUCCUCCCUGAGUCCCUAGCCUGGGCCCUAAGGCCUCCCCCUGCCAGCCUGGCAGGGUCCCAGAACUAUCGAUUGUCGGGUAAAGAGCCUGAGCUGUCAUGGUCACGGUGUGUGUCGCCUGCUGUUGCCAAACGGGGAAACCGAGGCCCAAGGGGAGGGACUGUGGGGCGGGGCUGGGGUCAGAGUCCCCUCUGGGCUGCUUCUCGGGUUGCGCCCCAUGGUGCCCGGCCUGGCUGUGUAUUUAUAGCCUGUGCUGAUCUAUAUUAAUACCAGGGCCUGCCCGGGCUUUGCAGCCUCUGGAUCUGAGGAUGGCUUUGAACCUUCCCAGCCCCGGGGCUCACGCUGGGCCCUUCUCCAGCCUGGGCUUGGGCUCCAUCUACCCUUUGGUGGGUUCCAUGUCUUUGUCUGGGGUUUGCUGUUGCGCCUCGCUUCUCUCCAGUUCUGCAGGGAGGCUGUCUGCGCGGCAUGGGAUCAAGCCCCCGCCUCCGCGAGCCUCAGUCUGCUCAUCUGUAGGACUGGCCAGAAUUCCCGCCCGACUGGGUGUUUCGGGUACUGAGCACCCAGUGCCUGUGGGCUGGAGUCCCUGUUUACCCUGCUCACGUCUCUCCCGGUCCUCACCACCAGCAGUGCCCAGAGCCCCUAGGGACCAGAGUGUCCUCUCCGUUGGACAGAUGAGGCCACCGAGGCCCUAGGGGCGGUGUGACUUGCCAGGGCCGUCCCGCCUGUUGGGGCAGAAUUCGGAUUCAUCUGAGUCCAAAGGUUCCAGCUUCCCAGUCCCCCUUCUUCCUCCCAGGGCCCUCAGGGUCCUUGGGGCAGGCCACUGCCUCACCCCACCAGCUGGGGUCCCACCUCUGUCGCCACGGGAAUGGCUCCACUAACUCUAUGCUUCUCUUACAGAGCAGAGACGACUGGCCGCCCUGAGCGCAAUUCAAUUCAACAGACAUUUACUGAGUGCCUACUAUGCGCCAGGCCUUAGGCUAGGCACUGGGGUGGGGGCGCAGAGAGGAAGAUGGAGUCCCGUCCUCAGGUAGCUCCGGGCCGGGCGGGUGGGGCAUGGCGGAGACAGGCCAGGGCUGAAGGACUGCAGCGCAGCUCCAGGAGAGAAGCUGCCUAUAGGGCUGGAAGCGGCAGAGACAGCUGGGUUCCAGCACCUCUCUGGAGAGCCGCUGUCCCAUGUCUGUGCCUCAGUUUCCCCAUCUGUUAAUUGGGGGGUAGGGAUGGGGUAAGACAGUCUCUAGGAUCCUUCCAGGAGUCUGUGGGGCUGGAAUCAGGGCCUGGGGGCAGAGUAGGGAGGCCCACACUCUUCCCGUGGAGAGGCAAUCUCUGAGGGCUUCUUGGAGGAGGAGGCAUGAGGUCGGGGCUGCAGCAGGGUGGGAGGGUGGUUGACGGUACCUCGGGCUCAGGAAGCGCACGAGCAAAGGCCCAGGGGACAGCACAGGUGCAUUCCUGCAGCUCCACAGAGUGUGAAGGGGUGUCGGGGGUGUGAGUUUAGGGAGGGAGGGAGGGGCCCCAGGCCGCAGGUCAGGGCGUCAGUUCUCUUUUGUGGGCUGUUGAGGAUGGAGGGUCAGGAACAGUGGUCCAUCUUUGUGCUGCCCCUUCCCUUCCCCCUCUCCUGGGGUGCACUUGACCGUCAUGUUCCCAUAGAACCUGUGGCCCUGGUGGUGCCUGCACUGUGCUGGACACUUGACAUGUUAGUCCUCCUUGCAACCCAUACAACGGGCAUCCUGGGCCCAAUUCACAGAUGAGGACACCGAGGCUGAGAGGAGGAAGCUUCUGCCCAAGGUCAUGAUCUGACCCCCAGCUCUCCCCUGCUUCUCCAGGAGCUGUCACUGGGGGUGGGGGGGAUGUUUCCGUCCUGUGUGACCCCUGCCAUCCCAGGCACCCCCAAGCUCUGAGGAGUCCCUGCCAAGGGCUACACAGUUGGGUUUCAAGGUGAGGGUGUCAGAUGUUGGUAGAACCAGCUUUUCUCCAAGACCUGAGCUUCAGCCCCGCAGCCUCCCUCUGAGAUGGGGGUGAGCUGGGGCACCUUCCCACUUUACAGAUGAGCAGACUCAGGCCCUGGGAGUCAUGUGACUCAUCAAAGGUCAAGGCGGUGACAGCCUGGGUAGGGAGCCCCAUCUUUUUAUCGUCCAGCUGAGGCUGGAGGGAGGUUCACGUCCCCUGAGACCUGUGCAGAAGCCCCCAUAGCCCUCCCCAGGGAGGGGAAAAGACUGGCAUUGGAAUCACAGACCUGGGUUCAAAUCCUGGUUUUGUCUUGCACACACGGUGUGAUCUUGAACAAGUCAUCAAUUGCUCUGAGCCUCGGUUUCCUAUUCUGUACAGGGAGAGAGCAGGCCUCUUUCAAUUCAGUCAUUAUCAGGUGUUUUUUCAGCACCUACUGGGUCCUCGGAGCUGGGCUUUAAUGGAGAAUCAGGUCCUUCCUCAGAGAACUCAGUUCAGGAGUGGAUGCAGCAGUUCUGAUCUCAGUUGUCAUAGAGGAAGCCCAGGGGUGUUGUGGGAACCCACAGGAGGGACCCCAACAAGGCCAUUUUAACUCCGGGGCAGGGGAGGGGGCAGGAGGCAGGAACUGGCUCUUCAGGACCCCAGGGGCAAGGCCUCAGAUGUCUGCUGCUGGAAAUUUCCCAGAUCGGUAGGGAGCCAGCGAAGGCUUUUGAGGAGCAGAGUGCCCCACUCAGAUUUACAGCUGAGAGUGCUCUUUCUCUGCUGCGUGGAGGGGGCGGUGAGAUUGGAGGGGGACCGGCAAGGUGGCUGAUUGAGAAAUUCACUUGGGGCGAGGAAGGAGGCCGAAGCAGUAGAAAGGCACGCACUGAGACCUUCCAGGUGUGGGCAGCUGUGGAUGCUUCUCGCUGGCUCAGGGACCGGGCGAGAGAGGCGGGCUGGGGAGUGGGCGGGCUGCGGGAGGAGUCCGGCCCUGGAGGAGGACCGAGGACCGCUGGAGUUGCAGGUGCCAGGGAGGGGUCCCGAGACAGCUGGGAGAUGUCGGUCAGCACCCAGCUGAUAACAGAAGCCGUGGGUCAGGGUCGGGGGCGGGGCAGAGAUGCUGGGGGAGGUGGCAGUGGAAGCAGGCUUGGGAAGAGCCGGGGCAGGGGGUCCAGGACUAGGACGUCAGGGAAGGUCACUUUAAAGUAGCCCCAGGGGGAGGGGCCUGGCAGGUAGGAGGAAUCCCAAGGGAGAGGGACUUAGGUCUGGCAGGAGGUGACAGAGGUUACACAUGUCAGAUACUUGGCCCAGCACCGGGGGCGCCCAGGGGGCGCCUGGGAGGGUCAGCUCCCCCCGGCUUUUGCUGGGAAAGCAGAGCUGUGGUCUGUCCCAUUGCCAUCCCGAGGAGGAGGAGGAGGCCACUGAGGAGGGAGGUGUUUGGGAAGGAGGAAAAGGGGAAAAGACAUUUGCAUGCGCAACAAGGCUGAAGCAGGGAGAGAGAAAGGGAGCAGGAGAUGAAAAGAAAUUACCAUACGCUGGGAUCUUGUUAUUCAACCCAAUUUUCAAAGGACCACAGCUGUCGCACUGAGAUAAUCCGUUAAUUAUAACAGCCAUUGUGCUUUGGCGAUGGGAGAGGCUGGGGAGCGGGCUGCAGGCGGGGGUGGGGGCAGGCCUUGGAGGGGCUGGACCCACGAGAGGGGGCAGGACCGGGCAGGAAGGCAGAUGCUGUCAGGGGGCCAGGCCUCAUCCCUUCCUCGCUGCCAGUGUUGCAGGCACGGGGGACGGGGACCUGCCAUGUGCCAGGCGCUGUGCCACGCCUGUGAGCCGGGCCGUAAACAUUCCAGAGGCAGCUAACUUUAUUGAGCACUUACUGUGUGCCAGACCCUGCUCUGUAGCUUUCAUUCUCCAUCCCUCUGGGGUAGGGCCCUUCUAGUCCCAUUUUACAGAAGAGGAGACUGAGACUCAGAGGAAAGAGCUAGCUUGCCAGGGCCACGCUCUUCGUGCUGUGGCAGAGCCGGGAUUUGAGCUGAAUGCGGCCCGUCCUUCCGGGAGAACACGAGGGAGGGCCAGUCUCCAUGAGUCGGCCACGCGGACUCGGUGGCCACGUGUCCUAGCUGUGGUCUCCACGCAGCCAGCAGUUCCUGGGGUGGGCCUCCCCCCGGGCAUGUCCGGGGCUCCUCCUGCACGAACAGAGCUCUCUUGUUCUCCAAUGCCGCAGCUGCAGGGCCCCGCAAGCCCCCCCACCCGCACCAGAGAAGCUAGUCUCAGGGCCAGGAGAGGGACCCCAUGCGACCACCUAGUUUGGGCUUGUGGCCUUGGGAGGGGUCUCAGCCUGGCCCUGGCCCAGGAGAGGCAGUGGAGAGGGUGAGCAGGGGUCCCAGGUGAGCAGAGUGAGGGGAGCCUGAGGUCUGGGGGAGCAGAGGACAGGAGCAGGGAGCCAUUCUAGAAGCCCAGAGCCCUUUGCUGCAGGUUCUCCUCUCAGGUGUGGCUUGAGCAGCCGAGGCCUCAGGCUUCCUGAGGUUCUCAGCAGCCUUGGCCCGAGCCUCAGCCCAGGCGGCCGGGCAGCAUUUUACAGAGUAGAAGUCAUAUUCGGGAGAAAGUAACCCUCAAACCCCAAGGGGAGCCCCAAACUUGACCCAGCAACCCAACCAGCGUCAUUGGAGAGACAAGGACCCCACAGGGUGCCAGGCAGGUCUAGGGGGCUGGCUGGGUGUUUUCUUGGCUUGGGGUCCCCACUGCAGUGGGCCUGCUUGGAGGCAAGCAGGGGUUGUGAUGGGUCAAGGCAGCUAAAAGGCCUGUGGCAUCGGUGACACAGAGGCCAAGACUCAGAAGGCCUUUAGGAUCAAGGAAUUAUGCAUUUUGAGCCCAAGAUGCAUAAUCAGAGCCCCCCCCCCCAAAAAGACACAUGAUGUUAGAGGGUCCUAGAGCUCAAAGAAGCCAGAGCCACAGAACCAGGGAGCCAGGUCCUGUGGGACCCUCGGGUUCCACCUGGGACCCUCAUGGGAUCCCCCACCCCCACCCCCACCCUGUAGGCUGGGAUUCCAGUUAUUCCCCCGGGAUUCCCUCUGCUGCUGGCCUCACAAACCCCAGCACCCAGCGGGCCAUGGGAACCUCAGCCAGAGAGGCAGCCAGGAAGAUGGGUCCACGCAGGCCUGGGAUGCAGAACCUGGGCAGCUAGUUCUUCCAGGCUUUUUGGUGGGUUCCAGAAAUGGGGAUUUGAAAAAUAAAAAUCUUCCCAACUUAUCAACGUUGGCAACACAUUAAAAAAAUCUUUUUCGAAAACCAUUGUCCAGGGGGAACAGGAUCUGACACCAUCUCUGGACCCAGAGCCUGUGCCACAGAGGGUCAAAGCUAGCAUGUAGCAGCUUCCUCUUCUGUAAGGUGGGAAUACUAGCAGUACCGACUCAUGGGGUUGUGCCGAGGAUUAGUGAGUUAACACGGGAGGUGCUUAGGCCGAGCCUGUGUCAGCCCAGGACUGUGUUUGCAUCUGCCCCAGGCUGCCCAUCCCUCCCCUGCCAGGCUGUCUCCAAGCGGGCCGCACCCUUGGCCACCCGGAGCCUCCACCUCACCUGGGGACAGCCCUGAGGAUGUUGGAAAGCAGGGAAGUGUUCAGCCCUUGGGGCCCUGGAGAGGGAGCAGAGGCGGGAGGGCGGGCCUAGCCGGCGCCUGGUACAUAGUAGGUGCUCCAUAAAUGUUUAUUGAAUGAAUGAAUGGAGGCCAUGCAGGCAGAGGCAGCCGUGCGUGCGCAGGCACUGGUGAAAGAGCGGGUCCAGUGGAGACUGGAACCAGGUGACAGAUGGGUCUCUUCCUUCCUGCCCCCGUCUCUCGUGUGCUUCCCGCUCAGAGCUCCCGUCUCCAGCCUCCCGUGGGAAUCCUUUGAAGUUCUGAGCCCGGAAUCCCAGGAGGAAGAGGAGGAGGAGGAGGGAGAGGACGUCAAGCCCUGAGCGCCUGGGCACCUGCCCUCGAAGGAGAGGAGCACUUCCGGGAAGCAGGCUGUGGGGCCCCAGGCCCACCCCCCCGGCCCUGGCUGGGCCCCCGCACCAAGCGACUGCCCGUAGCGCCCCGGACGGCCCCCAGCGGUUGGCACUGGCCGUGCCUGCCUCACCUGGGGCCCCCGAGCCGGGGGUGGCCCCCAAGAUGGUGACGGCCCCAGGGAGGACUGUGCUGCUGGCCCCAGCCUCCGGCCGCUAGGCACCCCCCCACCCCCUGUGCCCCUCCACCCCGAGCCCGGCCUGCGAGGGGGCCGAGGCGAGAGCCAUGCUGCGCCUGGGGCUGUGCGCGGCCGCGCUGCUGUGCGUGUGCCGGCCGGGCGCCGUGCGCGCCGACUGCUGGCUCAUCGAGGGCGACAAGGGGUACGUGUGGCUGGCCAUCUGCAGCCAGAACCAGCCGCCCUACGAGACCAUCCCGCAGCACAUCAACAGCACCGUGCACGACCUGCGGCUCAAUGAGAACAAGCUCAAGGCCGUGCUCUACUCCUCGCUCAACCGCUUCGGGAACCUCACCGACCUCAACCUCACCAAGAACGAGAUCUCCUACAUCGAGGACGGCGCCUUCCUGGGCCAGUCGAGCCUGCAGGUGCUGCAGCUGGGCUACAACAAGCUCAGCAACCUGACCGAGGGCAUGCUGCGGGGCAUGGGCCGCCUGCAGUUCCUCUUCGUGCAGCACAACCUCAUCGAGGUGGUGACGCCCGCCGCCUUCUCCGAGUGCCCGAGCCUCAUCAGCAUCGACCUGUCCUCCAACCGCCUCAGCCGCCUGGACGGCGCCACCUUCGCCAGCCUGGCCAGCCUCAUGGUGUGCGAGCUGGCCGGCAACCCCUUCAACUGCGAGUGCGACCUCUUCGGCUUCCUGGCCUGGCUCGUGGUCUUCAACAACGUCACCAAGAACUACGACCGCCUGCAGUGUGAGUCCCCGCGCGAGUUCGCCGGCUACCCGCUGCUGGUGCCCCGGCCCUACCACAGCCUCAACGCCAUCACCGUGCUGCAGGCCAAGUGCCGCAACGGCUCGCUGCCCGCCCGGCCCGCCAGCCACCCCACGCCCUACUCCACCGACGCCCAGAGGGAGCCCGACGAGAACUCGGGCUUCAACCCCGACGAGAUCCUCUCGGUGGAGCCGCCGGCCUCGUCCACCACGGACGCGUCGGCGGGGCCGGCCAUCAAGCUGCACCACGUCACCUUCACCUCGGCCACACUGGUCGUCAUCAUCCCGCACCCCUACAGCAAGAUGUACGUCCUGGUGCAGUACAACAACAGCUACUUCUCCGACGUCAUGACCCUCAAGAACAAAAAGGAGAUCGUGACGCUGGACAAGCUGCGGGCGCACACCGAGUACACCUUCUGCGUGACCUCGCUGCGCAACAGCCGCCGCUUCAACCACACCUGCCUGACCUUCACCACCCGGGACCCGGUCCCCGGCGACCUGGCGCCCAGCACCUCCACCACCACCCACUACAUCAUGACCAUCCUGGGCUGUCUCUUCGGCAUGGUCAUCGUGCUGGGGGCCGUCUACUACUGCCUGCGCAAGCGGCGCAUGCAGGAGGAGAAGCAGAAGUCCGCCAAGGUCAAGAAGACCAUCCUAGAGAUGCGCUACGGCGCGGACGUGGACGCCGGCUCCGUGGUCCACGCCACCCAGAAGCUGGGCGAGCCGCCCGUGCUGCCCGUGUCCCGGAUGUCCUCCAUCCCCUCCAUGAUCGGGGAGAAGCUGCCCACCUCCAAGGGGCUGGAGGCUGGGCUGGACACGCCCAAGGUGGCCACCAAGGGCAACUAUAUCGAGGUGCGCACGGGCGCGGCUGGCGAUGGCCUGGCCCGGCCCGAGGAUGACCUCCCGGAGCUGGAGAAUGGCCAGGGCUCGGCCGCUGAGAUCUCCACCAUCGCCAAGGAGGUGGACAAGGUCAAUCAGAUCAUCAACAACUGCAUCGAUGCCCUCAAGUUGGACUCAGCCUCUUUCCUGGGGGGUGGCAGCAGUGGCGGGGACCCCGAGAUGGCCUUUGAGUGUCAGUCCCUCCCUGCAGCCUCCACCGCCUCCUCGGCCGCCGCCCCCGGGGCGCUGGAGCGGCCCAGCUUCCUCUCACCCCCCUACAAGGAGAGCUCCCAUCACCCGCUGCAGCGCCAGCUGAGCGCCGAUGCCGCGGUGGCCCGCAAGACCUGCAGCGUCUCCUCCAGCGGCUCCAUCAAGAGCGCCAAGGUCUUCAGCCUGGAUGUGCCGGAUCACCCGGCCGCCACGGGGCUGGCCAAGGGCGACUCCAAGUACAUCGAGAAGGGCAGCCCCCUGAACAGCCCGCUGGACCGGCUCCCGCUGGUGCCCGCGAGCAGCAGCGGGAGCAGCACCGGGGGCGGCGUCCACCACCUGGAGGUGAAGCCCGCCUACCACUGCAGCGAGCACCGGCACAGCUUCCCGGCCCUGUACUACGAGGAGGGCACCGACAGCCUGAGCCAGCGCGUGUCCUUCCUCAAGCCGCUGACCCGCACCAAGCGGGACUCCACCUACUCGCAGCUCUCCCCCAGACACUACUACUCGGGCUAUUCGUCCAGCCCUGAGUACUCGUCCGAGAGCACGCACAAGAUCUGGGAGCGCUUCCGGCCCUACAAGAAGCACCACCGGGAGGAGGUGUACAUGGCCGCCGGCCACGCUCUGCGCAAGAAGGUCCAGUUCGCCAAGGACGAGGACCUGCACGACAUCCUCGAUUACUGGAAGGGGGUCUCGGCCCAGCAGAAGCUGUGACCCUCUCCUCUCCGGUGAGGCUGGAGGGGGAGGGCCGGGGGCACAUGGGGAAGGGCCCGGGGCGGCCGGGCGGGGCGCGCAGGGGGCCCGGGGCCGAGGAGUGGACGCACACGCACACCCGCACGCACGCACCCACGCACACACCUGACCACCACCUGACUGUGAACAACCACCACCCGACAAUAACGGACAGGAAAACAAAGACAUGUCCUUCUUAAAGUUUACACACUGAUACCGAAACCAGUCGUCUUUACUGUGCUGCCCAGGGACUCUGCUGGGGGGUGCGGGCUGGGUGGGGGCGGGGGGCAGGCCAGGAAGCCAAAGGAGGGUGUGGGGGGACCGGGGCUCUGGGACCGGGGACAGGUUUGGGGGCAGAGGAGCCUGGGGUGGAGACGGACCGAAGCCCUCCCCCUGCUCCGUGGGGGACAGGUCACUUGGAGAUCUAGUGGCAGAUGGACACGGGGCAUCAGUCCUUCCUUCACGGACAGGGCAACCGAGGCCCAGAGAAAGGUGAUGACCCCAGAGUCAGGUUACCAGGUGGCGCGGAUUAGGGUCAGUCUCCCCCCUUCCCGGCCCAGUGCUGUCCGCCACCCCCGGCGGCCUCCCCGGGACCCUCCCCCUCUGUCCACCACCCACCACCUGUGGUCUCCCGGGGCUGCGGGACUUGAGAAUCAGGCGGGUGCUUUUCCAUUCUAGAAAGCCCCGUGGCCACGCCCCUGAGCACAGAGCUGUGAUUCAUCCUGUGGGGGGCCUCGCCGCCCCCCCCCCCCAACGCCAGUACCGGGAGAGGUGGGAGGUCCUGCUGACAGGGGAGGAGCAGACCUGGGGAUGGUCCACCAGCCCCCUUCCAGUGUCUUCCAAGUAGCCUGGGAGCUGCUGAGGGGUCAGGAGAGCAGCUGGGCUGGCAGCCACUGUGUCUCAGGUGCAGGGCUCCACACCCUGGCCCACCCCCCACCUCUCUGGGCCUCCAGGACCCCUCCUCGUCCCACAAGCGCAGCCGAGAACGCUAAUGCCUGGGAGCAGCAGGGAGGUGGGGUCUCAUGGGGGGGCCCUUCCAGCCUCCGCCCCCACACCCUGGCCUCCCACCUACCUGACCCCCUGUCAUGGGCUCUUGGGGCAGCGCCUCAGCCUGUCUGGAGCAAGGAGGGCUUUUGGGGGCUUUCCACUCACCCCUUCGUGGCUGCCCAUCCCCACCCCCACCCUCUGGCCUGAGGGGCACCCACGUUGCCAUGGAGAUGGCCACUCCUCCCUUGCUGACCCCCACCCAACAUCGAACAAAGCACAAACGGCGGUGAGCCCCCCCACCCCCGCCGGGAAGGAGCAGGCUGGGUUGGAGGGGGCCCUCCCCCCACCCUGGCCGGCCUCUGUCACCAUAGCGACCCAGAGCCUGGCAGUUGGGACCGUUGGGCUCCUGGGGUUUCUCAGUGUGGGUGGCAGAGGGCGCUGAAGGGAGGGCAGGGCCAGACCACAGUGGCUGCCUUUCUCCAGAACAAGGGGCUUCCCGGGGGCGAGCUCUAAGAGGGCAGAUCUGGGGUCCUGAGACUGGGGGGUCUUGAACACCGUCAGGGUGUUGAGGGGCCAGAGUCAGCGGUCCUUCCACCUGCGGAUGGGAGAUGGGCCUGUAGGGGGUGGAGACAGCCGUAGCUUCGCCUGCCUGCCAGGGUGCCCCCUGGCGCCCCAACCACCUCAGGAGAGGGAGGAGCCCGCCCGGCUCUCCCCACGCUCUGGCCUGUGUCACUGGCCCAAGUGGGGUUUCUUGAGAUCUGGGGAGUGACUGUGGGGUGAGGGUGGGUGCCGGGAAGGGGCCAAGACCUGUACUGUGGGCGGAGUCUGACCGGAAAGCUAGUGCCAGUUCCUGAGUGGGGGGCUCUAGUGACCUUCCUGCCAGGGUAGGAUCUGGGGGUGGGUGGCAGCGGAGGGUGAGGGGGCCUUAGGGCUCGACCGAGCACCUCUCUCACACCCACUGGGGGGACCGACCAAGCCCGGGGCUCACUUUGGGGGUGACAUUUGCAAAGAAAGGACUGUUCUCCUGGGGAGUGGAGGGGGGAGGCGGGCAUGGACGCGCAGAGCAGGCCUCCCCCAGCUCCCCAAAACCUGCCCCCCAACCCCUCCUCACACCGGAUUGGCAAAACAGAAAAGCAGGCAGGCGGAGAAGCCAGUGGUGUGAGAAAGCAGAUUCCCUGUUAUAUUUGCAUGAUGAUUUUACUGUAUUUUUCUGAGCAAACAUCUGUCGUGUAUGUGCCAGUUUGUCCAGACUCCCUUGCCCCGCCUCCCCGCCGCCCCCCCAUUUCCACAUUCCCUCUGUUGUGAUCUGACAAGCAGCUCUUGAAACCCGGGCAGGGGCCAGCUCUGCAAAAGACCCAAAACAGGUGCCACGACAGCACAGCCCCCGCCCCGAUGUCCCCACAAGUGCCGCCUCCCCUCCUCCCAUCUGCCCUGGCCCCUUCCCCUCUUCCCAGCCAGGGAGGGGCAGCCCAGGGGAGGGAGCCUGGGAGGAGCCCCCCCUCUUCCCACCUGCUCCCAUUUUGCAGAGGAAGAAGUGGGAGGGGGCAGCGAGGGAGGGGUCUGGUGAUGUGGCUGCCAGGUGAGGGGUCAGUCACACUGCUGAGGACAGAGGCCAAGAGCUUGGGGCUUCGUGCUCAGCUUUACAGGGAGGUUUGGGUUCCUGAGGGAGGGAUCCCUGGGGAGACGGCGGGCCCCCUGACAUUGGCCUGGGCUCACCGGGGUGGGGGGGUGGGCUGCAGCAGGAGCCACAGUCCCCCACCACCCUUGCCAUUCCAUCAUUCCUGGUUGAAAAUGACCUCUAGAAACCUCAGAAUCACUUCCAGGGGUGGGGGGGAGGCCUUUAAAGGCCAGGUCCCCUUCUUAACCGCCAGAGUUUUCCACUCCAGGAGGUGAACCAACAGUUCACAACCCAGGUCACACGGAUCUUUGAGGCAGAAUAGGGUCUCAAACUCAGGCCUCUGCCUGCUGGGGCCAGGCUGCCUCCCUCAGCUGCCCAGGCCAGGCCCCUGCCCCUGCUCCAGGGAAGGCCCCACCGCACGGUAGCUCAUCCUGGGGGUUUUCCUGUAUCCCUGUCCUGGGUCCGAUUCAGGAUCACGUUCCCUGGGGGCGGGGGGCAAAAUCUUCACAAAAAACAAAUGACAUUUAUGUUGAGGAGAACAUGGCUGGCCGGGGCCCUGUGUUUGUAAUGGCAGGACCUGGGGCCACGGCCUGGGCAGGCUAGGAGGGCAGGCAGAGGUGGGGGGCUGGGGAGGGGGGUACUGGGGGGGCCCCGGGGGAGGGGCUGGUGGAGUUGGGGGGAGGGGCGAGCCAGCUGGAGCAGAUGUGGGUGCGACACCCUGGACCUCCGGGGACCUGCCUUGGUCGUGCCUGGACGUGCUGGAAUCGCCAGAGGAAAUUCCCUGGGUGCCUGUCUGUUGGAGCUUGUGGCCUUCCAGAAGUGAAAGGCAGAGGCCUGGCAGGAAGGAAGCUCGGCCUGCUGUGGCCACCACCUCAAGGGGCCGGGGCUGGUUCAUCCCCCACCCGCCGCCCCGGCAGGAGGGGCCUGCCUUGGCCCCUCGCCUCUCACUGCUCCCCCUCCUCCCAGGGCAGGGCUGAGAGUCUGGGCCUGGCCGAGGGUCUCUGAUGUUCCCCACCCCCGUGUCCCGGACUUUUAGCAGAGGAGGAAGCACAGGGAGGAGGGAGAGGGAAGGAAAGCUUGUAGGGUCUCAAAACCCGUUAAAGACAGACUGAGGCCAGAAAGGGGGGCAGGCAUCGGGGGACAAGCGCAGUAGGUUAUAAGGCGCUUACGUGCAGCGACACGGGACAGCCACAAGGUCUCUUCCACAGAUGGACACUGUGCAGAGAAUUAAAAUAGGGCGAUGGAGUGGGGAGGGGCUGGGGAAGCCCUCGGAGCCAAGCUCUGAACAACGAGAGCCAGAGGAGUAGCCCGCUGGCCAUGUGAGGAGGGGACGGGAGGUAGGGGAGGACGGCUCAGAAGGGCCCGAUGUCCCCAAGGACCUCCUGGGAUGCCCCCCACUGCUUUGCCCCUGCCCUGCGAGGACCCCCAGAGUCGGCAGCAUCCCACCCCGUUCCUGGCGGAGCAGGGCCCUCUCUCUGCCGGGUGCUGGCUGGGUGGUUAAGGCCCGGGGAAGCCCCCUGGGGGUCUGACCCCCACCGGGCCUAAGGGGCAGGGCUGCAGCUUGCCCGGGAGCCCUGUGUGCCAGUUAGGGUCCUGGGGCUGUUCCCCUCUCUGCUAAGACUUCUGCUCCACGGCCACCGCAGCCCCAGGAGCUGCCAGGCUCCUCCACCCUCCAGCCUGACCGUCCAGCCUCCCACCCUUCAGACAGAACCAGUACUUGAGGCUCUGUGCUCUCACGCCUGCCUCCGAGGCCCCCAUUAAAGGUCCAUCACUGCUGCUGAGCAGUGGGGGGAGGAGAGGGGUUGGGAUGGGGUGGGGGGAGGGUCUGGGCGGCCUCCCCUUCCCCUGCCCCUCCCCAAAGAAGCACAGGGCUGGGCAGGGGCGAGGGGUCCACCCUCGCUCGCUCCUUCCCUCCCCGAGGAGCCACCAGCCCCUCGGCCCUGCCUCGCGGCUUGGCACCUGGUUUGGGUCCUGCAGAGUUGGGCUCCGGGCCCCCGGGCUACGAACCUGUGAACCUUCGCUGUGUGGACCGGACCUUUUCCUCCUUGGGUGGGGGGGGAUGUACGCUCCUUUUCUUCUUUUCAGGGUGGGGGGGUGACUUCAUUUAUUUUCUCUUCCCUGUAUCUGCCUCUCCCUCCCAAUUUCCUAUUUUAAACUGAAUGGCACGAAAUUGUUUUCCUCAACUUGGAGAUUCCUGUAUGGAGAGAAUCAAUUUCUAUAUUUGCAAUAAAUUUCUUAUUUAAAACAACA